AUGAACUGCGGCUACAUUCUCUGCACCGUCCUUCUGUCCGUGGUGAUCCUCUUAGCCGUGACCGUCACGGCCGCCAUCCUCUUCAUGAACCACUACCACACACCGGUCACCGAAUCCCCGCCCGUCAUCACCACCAACCCAGAUGAUGCCAACGCUUUGGUCACCAUCGAGAAAGCCGACAGUUCCCGCAUCAACAUCUUCAUUGACCCCAACUGUCCCAACCAAGCCAACAGCUUCGUCCGCUUGGAAGGCCUGCAGUCGUCCCUCCUGAGAGUCGUGACGGAACACGAUGCCGAGACCAAGUCGUCCAAGGGGCAAGAGAGGGCCUUGAUGGUAGGCCUCUCGGAUGAGGUCACCAAGCUUCUCUCUCACGCCACGCAGCUCCGGACGGAGUGUGAAAAUCUGAAGAAGGGGCACGGCGCCAUCGGGCAAGAGCUGAGUGCCCUCCAGAAUGAACAAGGGCGGCUCAUACAGCUGCUUUCCGAAAGCCAGACCAACAUAGCGAGGCUGGUGAGCUCCGUCAGCGAUAUUCUGGAGACUCUGCAGAAGGACCGCGGCCUCGCCCGACCACGCAUGAAGGCGGACCUUCAGCGGAUCCCAUCCCGGACCACGCGGCCCAAAGGAUGCCCGAAUGGCUCAAAGCCUCGGGAUUGUUUUGACGUCUACGCCGGUGGACAACAGAGUGAUGGGGUCUUCUCCGUCUUCCCCACCCACUACCCCGAGGGGUUCCAGGUUUACUGCGACAUGACCACCGAUGGUGGAGGAUGGACGGUCUUUCAGAGGCGGGAAGAUGGAUCCGUGAAUUUCUUCCGCGGCUGGGAAGCGUACAAAGAUGGAUUUGGAAAACUCACGGGAGAACACUGGCUGGGUCUGAAGCGAAUCCAUGCUCUGAGCACACAAGGAACUUAUGAAUUGCGCAUCGACCUGGAGGAUUUCGAUAACGGCACGGCCUAUGCCCAUUACGGGACUUUUGCCGUCGGCUUGUUCUCGGUGGAUCCGGAGGAAGAUGGCUACCCCAUCACCAUUGCUGACUAUUCUGGAACAGCAGGAGAUUCUCUCUUGAAACACAGCACCAUGAAAUUCACCACCAAAGACCUGGACAAUGACCACUCGGAAAACAACUGUGCUGCCUUCUACCACGGGGCUUGGUGGUACCGCAACUGCCACACGUCCAACCUGAACGGUCAGUACCUCAAGGGCCACCACAGCUCCUACGCGGACGGAAUCGAGUGGUCUUCCUGGACAGGUUGGCAAUAUUCGCUCAAGUUCACCGAAAUGAAGAUCAGGCCGGUCAAAGAUGAAAAAUAG